AUGUCCAACUCGGCCAACGUUGACGAUGACGACGAAUACAUUGCCAAACUUCUCGCCGAAGAUGCGCGCAAGAGUUCCCUGAGAUAUGCUUCCGCAGGGACAUAUGGACUGACGCCGAGAAGACCACCCAAUGCAGGCCCGAAACCCAAUACACGAUUCCUGAAAACGCUUGUCCGCGAAGUCGAUAGUCACAAUGCGGCGCUUAAGAAGAAGGAAGAACUUGAGGCUCGGAUGCGUCUGAGGAGAUUGCAAGAAGGUCCAGGUCGUGAUACAGACAAAUCCAACUCUACUGGCGGCGGCGACGAUGACAGCCAUUCGCGACGUAGGCAUCAACAUCAUCAUCGUCGCAAGUCGUCUGGUGAACGGUACCGACGACGCACGAGUCCUGACGGAGCAGAAGACCACGACCGGAGACGGAGACAUCGACACUCUCGACACGAAGACGACAAGCGUGAGCGGAACAGGAGAAGGAGUCGGAGUCCUGCUGAUCGUGACCGUGAUCAUGACCUCGACGACGAACGAGAGCAUGGACAUGGGCACUCCCAUGCACGUCGGCGGACAAGGAGGAGACAUGGUGAUGAUGAGUCGCCGGAUGAUGGCUCCAGACAGAGAAGGAGGAGGAGGACAUCUCCGUCGCGGUCUGUCAGUCGAGAAAGAGCAGAUACCCACCACAAAAAAGGGCCGGCACAACUCGAGUCUACUGAGAAAGACCACCAGAACCAUGAACGACAUCUCCGUCCCAAUCCAAGCCAUUCUGAAAAUACACAUCAAGAGGGGUGUAGUAGAGAAAAGAAGACGAUAACAGAUACAGAUACACCUCAACACCAACGACGACACCGCCAUCGACGGCGGAGCACCUCAUCCAAUUCAUCCAGUUCAUCCACAUCCACAUCUUCCGAUCCUCUAUCUUCUCUCAUCGGCCCACUCCCUCGAUCAAAGGACGACACCAGCAACAGCAUCACCAGACGCGGCCGCGGUUUCACGCGCCACCAACGACAUCCACCAACCUCGAAUAUUGACGCCCAUUUCUCAACUGGCUACGACCCCACGCAGGACGUGGAUGUGGGUGGUCCCUACGAGUCGCCCCCAGACGAUCCGAACCAGGAGAACGGUGCUGACGACUGGGACAACGCCCUUGAAGCUCUUCGUGACCGUCGUGCCUGGCAGGCCAAGCAGGCGGACCGGAUGCGCGAAGCUGGGUUCGACGACGACGAAAUUGAGAGAUGGAAAGCUUCUGCGUCUACACGUACGGGAACAGGAGAUGCAGAUCUCGACCUCGACAUCCGACAUGUAAAGUGGCGCAAGAAGGGCGAGGGCCGCGAAUGGGAUGCUGGGAAGGUCCAAGACCAAGACUGACUGACUGACUGACUGACUGACUGACUGACUGACUGAGUAAUGACCUCGACUCGGAGUUACGAUUCGAUCCGACAACUGGUGGUUGAACUAGG